ACCACGCGCAGCGGCAACUGAGGCGGGAAAGAGGACGCUGUGGGCGCUGCGGUGUCAGGGUCCGCCUUCCUGGCUGCACCCGUAGGAGAGGAGGAAUGAAUUUAAGUAUUUCCAAAGAAUGACCAAAACUUCUUCAGUAGAAGGUAAACAGAAUCUGGUGAUUAUGGGUAGAAAGACCUGGUUCUCCAUCCCUGAGAAGAAUCGGCCUUUAAAAGACAGAAUUAAUUUAGUUCUCAGUCGAGAACUCAAGGAACCCCCACAAGGAGCACAUUUUCUUGCCAAAAGUCUGGAUGAUGCCUUAAAACUUAUUGAGCAACCAGAAUUAGCAAAUAAAGUAGACAUGGUUUGGAUUGUGGGAGGCAGUUCUGUUUAUAAGGAAGCCAUGAAUCGGCCAGGCCAUCUUAGACUGUUUGUGACAAGGAUCAUGCAAGAAUUUGAAAGUGACACAUUUUUUCCAGAAAUUGAUACAGAGAAAUAUAAACUUCUCCCAGAAUACCCAGGUGUUCUUUCUGAUGUCCAGGAAGAGAAAGGCAUUAAGUACAAAUUUGAAGUGUAUGAAAAGAACGAUUAAUAUGAAGAUGUUUUCUGACUUAAUUCAAUUUGUUCCCCUUCCCCUCCAAAAAUUAAGUACUUUUGCAUUAGAAAAAAAGACUUUUGUUAGCUUUAAAUCUAUGGAUAAGCAUUGUGGUUUUACUCUCCAUUAAUCUUAACUAAACUGUAUCAGAUACCAUUUGUGAACUAUUUCCUGUUAUAAAUGCUUUAAUGCCUAUUCCUCAAGGGUCAGGAUUCAGUUCCCAAUACCUGCCUAGGGUAGCGUAUUUGUCAAGAUAGCCCACAGUCAGAGAGUUCCUGAUAUGAGUUGAAACCAGGACCCAUAGAGAUAGGAGCUAGACAGAUUAGUCCAAAGAGCAGGAAGGGAUUACAAACAAAAGAAUUAUAACUCGUAUUUCAAAAGAAAAUUGGAUCAGAGUAGGGACUGUAAAUUAUUCUGGGACUGUAAAAUAGUCAUCCUUCUGAAAAAAAUUCUGUUCACUCAAAUAGGAAAUCAGUGAAUUGAGAGAUCCACUAUAUUCAGUAGCCAAGAUAGAAGUAGGUAGGAGACUAACUUUGAGGGUUAAAAGAGGAGAAAAGGUCUGAGACCUUUAAAAAUUCUGUUUCUCAUCAACAGUGAGAUUCAAAGAAUUGUUACAUAAUAGAAAAGAAUAGGCUGCUCUUUAGAGAAAGAGGUCAAUCUAAUAACAAGCAUAGUGGCUAAAAUUAAACUCAAAGAGCUAAUGAAUUAAGAAUGGAUAUUGCUAGAAACCAAAGUUAGUUUGUUAGAAAAUAAGUUUCACAACUUUAAAAAAUGAAACUUACAGUAUUUUUUUAUCCAUCUUGUUAGUAAAGAUUUAGAUUAUGAUAUCCAAGAAAAUAACA